UUUCUCAAUUCUCAUCACCAUCUCCGUCAUCAAUUAUCAACCACCGUCGCUAAAUUCAUGAAAAUAUUCAUAUACUACGAUACACUCCCCCUUUGUCAAUUCAACUCUCAAUUUCUCAAUUCUCAUCACCAUCUCCGUCAUCAAUUAUCAACCACCGUCGCUAAAUUCAUGAAACUCCCCUUCAAUUUCACAACCAAAAUUCAAUGAACACCCACAAAUCGAUUCUCACGUGCGUGCCACGUGUCUUGUGAGAUUUUCCUCCUUCUUCUUCUUCUUCUUCAAUUCAUCUUCUCUUUCACAAAACCCACUCACCCACCCUUUUUCUCUCUCUUUCUCUCUUUGAAAGCUUCGUUCGACCCACUUCAAAUUUCUUCCAAAGCUUGAAUCUUUAGCAGAACAAUUGCAACACCCAGAUUUUUUUUUUCCAAAUGGGUUCAACUAUGAUUCACUAGUGAAGCUUCCGUGAUCGUUCAGCAAUGGGGGUUUGCACUUCCAAGCCGGAGAAGCGGAACCCCUACGCUAUUCGGGAACCGGAAGCUGACCCUUCAGGGAUCCCGGGAACUCCGUUGAGUCCUGACGCCGGGAACCACCGCCGGAAGGAUGAGGUCGUCGCCGGGAAGCAGUCGCCGUUUUUUCCGUUCUACAGUCCUAGCCCGGCGAGGUUUUUGAAGAAGUCUCCGGUGCCGGCGGGGAGUGCGAGCUCGACGCCGAGGAGAUUCUUCCGGCGACCCUUUCCUCCGCCGUCUCCGGCGAAGCAUAUAAGGGCUGUGUUGGCCAGGAGGCAGGGGAAGAAGGCAACCUCCACCGCUGACUCGAUACCGGAGGAGGCGGAGGCGGAUGGAGGCGCGGCGGAGCUGGACAAGAGGUUUGGAUUCUCGAAGGAGUUUAGUAGUAGGUUGGAGGUUGGGGAUGAAGUGGGUAGAGGGCAUUUUGGGUACACUUGUUCUGCUAAGUUCAAGAAGGGUGAGCUCAAGGGUCAGCAAGUGGCUGUGAAGGUCAUCCCAAAAUCAAAGAUGACUACAGCAAUUGCAAUUGAAGAUGUGAGAAGGGAGGUGAAAAUAUUGCGAGCUUUGAAUGGGCAUAGCAAUCUGGUAAAAUUCUAUGAUGCAUUUGAAGACCAAGAGAAUGUCUACAUUGUAAUGGAGUUAUGUGAAGGGGGUGAGCUUUUAGAUAUGAUACUAUCAAGAGGAGGGAAAUACUCAGAAGAUGAUGCAAAGGCUGUCAUGGUACAGAUACUAAAUGUUGUAGCAUUUUGCCAUCUUCAGGGUGUGGUGCACCGAGAUCUUAAGCCCGAGAAUUUUUUGUAUACGUCAAAGGAUGAAAGUUCUGAGUUAAAAGCUAUAGACUUUGGAUUAUCAGAUUUUGUCAGACCAGAUGAAAGGCUUAAUGACAUCGUUGGAAGUGCAUACUAUGUGGCCCCUGAAGUGCUCCACAGAUCUUACAGUACUGAGGCUGAUGUGUGGAGUAUAGGCGUGAUAGCAUAUAUUCUACUAUGUGGUAGUCGCCCAUUUUGGGCUCGAACAGAGUCUGGUAUUUUUAAGGCAGUUUUGAAAGCUGAUCCAAGCUUUGACGAAGCUCCCUGGCCAACUUUGUCUUCAGAGGCAAAAGAUUUUGUCAAACGCCUAUUGAAUAAGGACCCACGGAAGCGAAUUUCUGCUGCUCAGGCGCUUAGUCAUCCUUGGAUACAGAGUUACAAUAGUAUAAAAGUUCCUCUUGAUAUUUUAAUAUUUAAGCUCAUGAAGUCUUAUAUGAGAUCGUCAUCCUUGCGUAAAGCAGCCUUAAGGGCUUUGUCAAAGACAUUGACUGCUGAUGAACUUUAUUAUUUGAGGGAGCAAUUUGCAUUGUUGGAACCGAGCAAAAAUGGCAGCAUAUCUAUAGAGAACAUUAACAAGGCCUUGAUGAAAUAUGCAACAGAUGCCAUGAAAGAGUCUCGAGUCACUGACUUUCUUUCCUCGCUGAAUUCAUUACAAUAUAGAAGGAUGGAUUUUGAAGAAUUUUGUGCAGCUGCACUAAGUGUGCAUCAACUUGAAGCUCUUGAUCGUUGGGAACAACAUGCCCGCUGUGCAUACGAACUUUUUGAGAAAGAUGGAAACAGGGCUAUUGUCAUUGAAGAACUUGCUUCAGAACUUGGACUUGGUCCUUCUAUCCCUGUUCAUGUUGUUCUUCAUGACUGGAUACGCCACACUGAUGGGAAAUUAAGCUUUCUAGGGUUUGUCAAAUUAUUACAUGGUGUAUCUAGCCGAAGCCUAGCAAAGGCUCAAUGAAGAUGUAAUGCAAAGCCUCACGGAUAUGCUGAAGUUUCUCUGUCACAUGUGGCUGAGUCAUAUUUGAAGUUGUAUCUAGUUUGCUGCAACUGAUGAUUGUUUCUUUGAUAUCUAAAGCUCUUGCAAAGCACAGCCGAUUGAAGUACAGUUUCGUAACGAUAUGUAACACGAUGAUUCUUUUGAAGGCGCUCAAACUGUAAAAUAGUCUACAAAUAUGUGGGUUAAGAAUUAAGUUAAUAUGAAUUGUAGAGUUAGAAUUAGUUGUCUUAGAUGGGUGUGGUAAUAAUUCCCCGCCACUUGUAUACAUGAUAAUACAUUUGCGAGUCUUGCUCUUAAGAUCUCUACUCUUAUUUGUCUUA